UUUUGGCCAUUCCACCCACCUGAGCUGAACCUCUCUUAAACCCGGCCUCUCGUCCCGUCGCUUUCACUCGGCCCAUCCAACACGCCGGAGCCUCCCAUCGCCGUCGCCGCAGCGCUGCUCCCGCCUCCCCAUCGUCGGCGCAGCGGAGAGGAUAGGCUGUGAUGGAAGAGGGCAGUGAUUACUAUGUUCUCAGGAAAGGGGAUGUUGUGGCUGUUUACAAAACUCUACGUGACUGUCAAGCUCAGAUCUGCUCUUCGGUAUCUGGUCCAGCUGCAAGUGCCUACAAGGGUCACGCUUGGAGCAGAGAAAAGGAGGAAUAUAUCUCUUCACGGGGGCUUAGUAAUGCUUCUUAUGUAAUCAAUGCAACUGAACUUCGGGAAGAUAUAUUUGGCCCCCUUGUUCCCUGUAGUUUCCAGGAGAUAGUUGGUGCUAGAUCAAAUCAACCAGCUCCAAAUCAUUUUGGCAUCCGUAAUGGUAUAGCAUAUCAGACUGGGUCACAGUCUGUUGAUCUGAACCAUGAAGCCAGAUCUAGUUCCUCCAGGCAUAUCUCACCAGUAAACUUCAACCACAGUGGAGCUGUUGAUGCACAACCUGUCUCCAAACAAUAUAUGGUGGGUAUUCUUCAUUUUGAUGGUGCUUCAAAAGGAAACCCAGGAAAAGCAGGUGCUGGAGCAGUGCUUAUGACCGAAGAUGGUAGAGUGAUAUCUCGACUUCGUGAGGGUCUUGGUGUUGUUACUAAUAAUGUUGCGGAGUACCGGGGCCUGAUCUUAGGACUGAAAUAUGCAAUUAGGCAUGGAUUCAAGAGAAUCAAAGUACAUGGUGACUCUCAACUUGUCUGCAAUCAGGUGAACGGCGUUUGGCAAACAAAGCACCAGAACAUGAUGGAGCUCUGCAAUGAAGUGAGAAGGCUGAAAGAGAACUUCCUCUCUUUUGAGAUUAACCAUGUUCGACGGGAAUGGAAUGCUGAGGCGGAUCGGCAGGCGAACAUCGGCAUCACGCUUGCCAAUGGCGCUGUUUCGGAGGAGCGCGGUGACUUCUGAUACAAGCCUCGUCCAGUUACCAAUGUAUGUCCAGUUAACUAAUUAUUACUAGCUUGGAACCUUGGAGGCCUUCGUCAAGCUGCUAGCCUGCUCUACGGCAGGGGCGUGGUGACUGCUUUAAUAGCAGUCCUACUAAUCACACCAGUAGUAGUGUCGGUGUAUGCCAUCGUCAAGCUGGAUGGAAUUCUGAUUUCUGUGUCCAGUGGAAGAUGAUGGAUGUUUUAGGGUCUACACCUUGAUGCUGAGUCCUGGGUUUAGUGGGCCCCAUUUUGAUGAACCUGGUAACUACUCCCUGUGGUGUGAGUCUCCCGUCCAUGACCCCUGGGCCGCAUUAUAGUAUCAAUGUAAGAAGCUUCGACUUGAUGGGCUCUCAAUCUGAUGCAACCUCGUAUGUGUGUGCUUUGGAAUUUGCCAUGCUA